AUGGUGAAGCUUCCUGGUGGCAUUGGAAAGUUACGGCAGCUGAGGUAUCUAAGCCUUCUUAACUCCGGUAUAAAUAAUAUACCCAGGGGUUUCAGUGGCCUAACUAAUUUAAGGGUAUUGAAGGGGUUUCCUGCCCACGUGGAGGGUGAUUGGUGUAGUUUGGAAGAAUUAGGACCUCUUAACCGGCUCACGAGUCUUGAUAUUCGUGGCCUGGAGAAUGUAUCUUAUUCCACAUUUGCUAUAAAGGUUAAGCUUGGUGAAAAGGUGCACCUCAUUUAUCUGUGCUUACAGUGCACUAGUGGACGUGGAGGUUCUCACCGAUUGAUAAAAGAGGAAGAGCAGCAACAAAUCGAGAAGGUGUUUGACGAGAUCUGCCUCCACCUUGCUUAG